GUUUAGGGAAGGGGCUUGGUCCUGUGCUCGCGCCUCGCGAGAACGCGCAUCAAAUUAGCAUCGAUGAAGUUAGUGCGAACAUGGCGGAUUUCCUGCCGACCAGGUCUAUGUUAAAAGUUUGUUUGCCCACCUGCCUGCUUAACGCCGGCGAGGCGGACCAGAUCCGAAAGUCCAAGGAGAUCGACAGAAAUCUGUCGCGGGAGAAAACGUACGUGAAGCGGCUGGUGAAGAUCCUGCUGCUGGGCGCUGGCGAGAGCGGCAAGUCGACUUUCCUCAAACAAAUGCGAAUCAUCCACGGCCAGGACUUCGACCAGCAAGCCCGAGAGGAUUUCAAAGGAACGAUCUACAGCAAUGUUAUCAAAGGUAUGCGUGUGCUGGUGGACGCGCGGGAGAAACUGCACAUCCCGUGGGGUGAUGAGAACAACCAGCAGCACGGCGACCGGGUGAUGGCCUUCGACACCCGGUCGGCCAAGAUGGCAAACGGGCAGCUGGAGAUGCUGGUGUUCCUGCAGUACGCCAAGGCACUCAAAGCACUGUGGGCGGACUCGGGCAUUCAGAACGCAUACGACCGGCGCAGGGAGUUUCAGCUGGGUGAGUCGGUGAAGUAUUUCUUGGAUAAUCUGGAGAAGAUCUCCCAGCCAGACUAUCUUCCCAGUCAACAGGACAUCCUGCUGGCCCGUAAGCCCACCAAGGGCAUCCAUGAGUAUGACUUUGAGAUCAAGAACGUUCCCUUUAAGAUGGUGGACGUCGGGGGCCAGCGGUCAGAGCGGAGGCGCUGGUUUGAGUGCUUCGACUCCGUCACCUCCAUUCUGUUUCUCGUCUCUUCCUCUGAAUAUGAUCAGGUGCUGAUGGAGGACAGGCAGACCAACCGGCUGCGAGAGUCACUCGACAUCUUCGAGACCAUCGUCAACAACCGCGUCUUCGUCAACGUCUCCAUCAUCCUCUUCCUGAACAAGACAGACCUGCUGGAGGAGAAGGUGAAGCUCGUCCCGCUCAAAGACUACUUUCCCGAGUACGCCGGGACGGAGCACAGCCUGCCAGACGUGCAGGCCUUCAUGGUGGAGUGCUUCCGGGCCAAGAGGCGCGACGCCACACAGAAGCCCCUGUAUCACCACUUCACCACGGCCAUCAACACGGAGAACAUCAGGCUGGUGUUCCGGGACGUCAAGGACACCAUCCUCCACGACAACCUCAAGCAGCUCAUGCUCCAAUGACCCCACACACACACUCACACACCAAACACCCCCUUUUCCACUGCCACACAACGCAGCCUGUGAACGCAAGAGGACGUGAAUGGGGACAGACCCCCCUUCACUUCCUGAUGAGGACUCCGGAGAUCACAAAUUGAUGUCUGCAGUCUUUAGACUUUUUGUUUAUUUUCCAGUAGUCUUUACUCCUUUUGGAAGUGUUCAUCCUGUUGUUAGCUCAGGAUCUGAUUGUUGGAUAGGGUAUUUAGGCAAACUGUGGUAUUAAAGGUAUAAACAAGAAACCAGCCUGGGUUUCUGAAUGGUAUCUGAUCCCUGCUGCUUUGUCCUCCUCCCUGAGCUCCACCUUAUUUAGUUGGUUAUUUUGUUCUCUUGUUUUUUAACCCUUAGGAUGCCAGUGCUGGCACCUGUGGAAGCCGGCCUCACUUAAAAACAAACUGGUGAACAACAUCUACUCUGGUAAUGCAAACAGAGUAACCGUGGAGAAAUGUUCAAGCGACACAUAGAGAAAGUUGAUUGGAUUCAGUUCAUGCCUAAGCACUGACUUGUAAUAUUUCCUCACCCCUCAGUGAUGCUGAGGGCGAACCUAACUUCUUAUUGACCUGAGCGUUCAGAGUUAACACGUCUGAUCUGUCUCCAGCACUGACACGUCAUUUAUAGAAGACACACAAUCACAAGACUGAACCUUUUUCAUCCAUGACCAUAUAGGUGUUGCCUUAGAAUUGAAUUUUUUUUUUGUUGUUAUUAUUGUUAUUAUUAUUAUUAUUUUUGGGAUGUUGAGAGGGUAAAACGGUUACCUUUGUCAGACCAUUUGGUUCCAGUAAGUUAACUAAAAGUCCGCUGUUUCCUCAGGGUUGAAUCGGAUCCGGUGUUGAUACUGAUGUGUGAAGCUCGAUGUUUGGCGGUGGGAACAGGCCUCCACGCCGUUAGCUAGUUGGUGGUUUUAGGACUGCAUCCUUCCCCCAAUUCGUCCUUCCGCCUGUUUUGAUUUUAUUACUGAUUAUAGAUGCCUUCUAAAAUGACCUUCACAAGGCCCUCCUCCUCUUUGUUUUGCCUUAAUCAUGAAUGUGUGUUAAUAAUUGUACAGGGAUUUGCUCUUGAUUGUUUGAAUAAACUGUAACCGGCCUGCGAAAACUUCGUUAUUGGCACCGAGUAGUGACUCUAAACGUGUUUAUGAAAAAAAAAAAAAAGCAUUGAACAUUUCCCUUUUUUGUUGUUUUUGUUUCUUAGCACACACGCUUGUGCUGCUUUGGACUUCCCUCUAAAAUGCAUUGUGAUUAUUGCAGAAAUCUGGCAGAGGGGGGAAAAGCUACUGGAGUUGCAUAGUUUUGAGUGACUGUAAUAUGUAGGGGUGGCUGAUCUUUGUUAGAGGACAAUUUAAAGGCACUCAAGUGUCUUUUGCCAAAUAAUUCUACGCUUUAUCUUCACAAUUUUUCUGCAUUAUUAUUUUAUUUCUUCAUAAGUAAAGCUCUGCAGAGCUUUGGUUUCCUUCCAUUCCUGGCUUUGUAAAUACUGUAAUCUGUUUUCCUGUAAAUAUUAUUCCAGUUUAUCUUCAUAUAUGUAAAUGGUUGUAGAAAAUGCAUAUUUUUCCCAUGCUGGAUGUUCUUCAAAUCACUGCAUCUUACCAAUGAAGAUGACCUUUUGAUGUAGAUUUUAUUUUGUAAUUCCCGCCCCCCACGCACCCUUCACGUUUUUCACAUUUAUCAUGUCAAAUCCCAUGCUACUCUAACCCUAUCAAUAAAAUAAACUUUUCUAAUGAUACUGAUAA